AGCACAACCCUGAAAAUGACAUCACCGCCCCGAAUUCAAUUCGACACGUUCUGCCAAGGCAAAAUCAAUAUCGGACGACAAGCGCCUCUGUGCAGCAUUGAUUGAUUGCGAUCGUCACAAAUCUGGGAACGGCAGACAGGAAGGUGGUGAUGGCGUGGUGGCUGUCGCGCGCAGGAUAUAUAGGCCGGGGAAAGGAAGGUGGGCAUGGGGUUUCGUGAUGGUUUGAUGUGAUUCAUUCUCUGCUUUCCCUUUCGACGACGAUCUUCUCCUUCCUCCCGCACGACCAACACAACACGAUUUUGGAUUAUCAUUGCUGCGACUCAAUAACAAUCCUCACGAACGUGUCGCGUACGAAGAAAGCAUCGAAUACAUAAUCCAUCGUCGGCGAAGAAGCAGCAGCAGAGCAAAAUGGGUCUCGUUCGUGGUUUCGAAAUGACGAUGGGUUAUAUUGCCCAUUCGGUCUUUCGAUUUAUUCAACUCGUCCUUGCAUUGACGGUGUGCGGAUUGUAUGGUGUUGAUCUGCAUAAGGCGAAUCAGGAGCACAAAUAUACGGAUGGCAAAUGGGCCUACGCAGAAGUCGUCGCAUCCCUCUCGGCCUUCACAGCCGUCCUUUACAUCAUCCCCUUUAUGUCUCGAGUUCCCUUCGCCUUCGUCUGGGACACGAUCCUCUUCGUCCUCUGGAUCGUCCUCUUUGGCAUUUUCGGCAACAUGUACAUCCAUGCCAACGCGCAAGGUGACAGCGGGAUCAUCCGAAUGAAACAUGCGGUCUGGAUUGACUUGACGAAUGCGUUGCUGUGGUUGAUCAGUGCCGUCGGAAUGGCGUGGUACUACUUCAAGCAUAGGAACAACAAGACUAGAUGGACUGGUAGAGCUACCGUUUAAGUGGUCCUGACAUGCAGAAACAGGAAUGUUCGGGAAGGAGGUGAUAUUAAUGGACAGGGAGGAAACACCGCAUACGAAUGAUACCCUAUUGAGUUGAUGGACGAGGUUGGUUACUGCUUCUAGGCAGAAUUGCGUGCUAUUCAUGAUAUACCACUUUAGCGAUGCACAACGAUACCAUUUUCCCAAUGCAAUACAGCGUUUUAGUGUCUAUUCUUGACUACUUGUUGUGGAGAGAUGCAUGAACGAUCAAGGAAGGGGCUCAAGACGGCACGACGGCAGUUGAUGUAGAGUUGGGAUAGUUGAUGCCCAACCACCAGGCUUGAUGCCAAUCGGAUCCUGUCCUUGAAGAGAUGUCAGGUUUAUCCAGUUAUCAAAGUCUCCAUAAAAGUUCGACCUCUAGAAUCUUGAAAGGCUGAAA